AUCAAUCAUUAUCAAGCGCGCCACGAAACAUCCAAAACAGUUCAAAUCUGCUUCGGCUGAGAGCGCGACGUUUUUUUGCUUAAUUUGCGCGCGUGCAUUUGGAUCGCUUUCAUCCAGAUUUCGCUUUCGAGCUUGAUUGUGCAAGACCAGCUGCUAGUGCUGAGCUACUUGUUGAACACUUUCCGUAAGGACUGGCCAAGGACAUGUUCUAUAGAUUGUUAAAAUCUAACUUUGAGACGCAGAGGUGGACCUUGCUAUAGACGCGACUUAGUUUUGACUGAGCAUGGCAGACGAUCGCAACAAAUUAGUAAGAUGCAUAAAAAAGAACUUACUUACCAUUUUGACGGUGGUGGGAGUGGUUGGAGGCACCGCCGUCGGUCUCAUGCUCAGAGCCAUCUCCUCCAAGUGGAGCAGCAGGGAAAUCAUGUACCUGGCAUUUCCCGGGGAACUUUUCCUUCGGAUGCUCAAGGCGCUCAUCAUUCCCCUGCUGAUGGCUUCAGUGAUUUCGGCCAUUGGCUCGCUCGAUCUGAGCCUGUCGAAAAAAAUCGCCAUUAGGUCAAUCUUGUACUAUGCAACCACUACCAUCUGCGCGGUUGUUUUGGGGAUUAUCCUAGUGGUUGCCAUCCGGCCUGGCGAAGGGACUGUGCCUUGGAAACCCACCGAUGAGGAUGAGACCAGCCGAGUGCUCACUCGGCAUGUUCUCACUCAGGAUACUCUUCUGGACCUUAUCAGAAACUUCUUUCCACCAAAUUUGGUUCAAGCUUGCGUUGGCCAGUCGCAAACAUUCCUGCAUGAGCCCAGCGUUUACACUCUGUACAAGAAGGGGCAUGAGGAUGUGAUUCGGAGCAUCGUAGGAAACUCCUCCUUGGAUUCUGAGUCGAAGAGCGCGAUCUUCGACUCGCUCUCAGCCUCAGACGAGAAGCGGAGGAUCAAUGAGUCCCUGUUGAAGGAGUUGAUGAAAAUCAAGUACAACUCCACUCAUUAUGGAGGAGUGGAGCUGGAAGACGUCUACCCUGCAGAGCGUUGGAAGUUUGAAGAGCGCUAUGAAAGCACCACGAACGUCUUGGGCUUGGUGACGUUUUCCAUUGUGUUUGGAAUCGCCAUGGGUCAGUUGGGAAGUCGCGGGAAGGUUCUUCUGGAGUUUUUCCACGCCCUAUCUGAGUGCAUGAUGAUCAUCACCAGCUGGGUCAUUUGGAUGUCUCCUCUAGGAGUGUUUUUCUUGGUGGUGGCCAAAGUGAUGGAAAUUGCCAGUUUCGCAGACCUGGUGGGCCGAUUGGGGCUUUACUUCAUGACCGUUCUUCUCGGCCUGUUCAUCCACGGUUUCAUCACCUUGUCCAUUAUCUACUUUGUUGUCUUGCGCAAGCUUCCGUUUAAGAUCAUUGGCCAGCUUAGUCAAGUGCUUGUCACAGCUUUUGGAACUGCAUCCAGCUCCGCCACCAUGCCAAUCACCAUCCAGACGAUGGACAAAAUGGGUCUGGAUCCUCGAGUGACGCGCUUUGUGAUCCCGAUUGGAGCUACCAUUAACAUGGAUGGUACCGCCCUGUAUGAAGCUGUGGCUGCCAUUUUCAUUGCUCAGCUCAAUAACAUUUCGCUGGGAUUCGGCAAAACUGUCGCCGUUUGCUUGACUGCAACUGCUGCCAGUAUCGGGGCUGCCGGAAUACCUCAAGCAGGCCUGGUGACCAUGGUGAUGGUUCUGGAUACGGUGGGACUGCCUGCAGAUGCUGUCAUCAACAUCAUAGCUGUUGAUUGGCUUUUGGAUCGCUUCCGGACCACCAUCAACGUGAUGUGCGACUGUUUGGGGGCUCGCUUGGUGGAUUUGUUGAGCGCUGGAGAAUUGGCGGGCGCAGUGGAGAACAAAGACCGACUCAAUGCGGAGCCGCACGAAUUAAUUGAAAUAGCCAAAGCCGAUCAGCACAUGUAGAACACCGCCACGUAUUUUGUCCAGAGGCCUGGCCAACUAACCCUCUGGAAUGGACUAAAAGGAUUUGAUUAAGCAAUUAAUACCCUUUUCAGACAUUAAUUAGACCUAUUUAAUCUUGUUUAUUUGCCUAGAACAGUACGUAAAUGUAUCCGCUAUGUAUAAGCAGUAGACUCAGAUCGGGGGUUUUUUGAAUUUAUUUUAUAGGUGUUAAACUGUUUUUGAACUAAUUGCUUUUGCAACGUUUUUUUUAAAAUUUCCACACAAAUCCAAGAUUCCCCUGGCUGAAGAAAUCCAUGUUAUCUAGAACUAAGUCGAUAUUUGAG